AUGGCGUUGCUUUUCGCUGGUGCAGCUCCCGCCGAGGGCCGACAAAGGAUUUAUCUUGAAAUGCGUGUAUUUUGGAAAUCUCAGUCCGACAUCGUCCAAGCGGCUCAGUUGAUACAGGAAGCCUAUUCCCCAGCUCGUGGCGUGCAGGUGUCGUCCGAUACGCAGCGCAGACUGCAGCAGGAGCUUUUCGACAUCCAGAAGCGAUACGAGGCCUGGGGACUCGUCAUUCCGUUCUUGAAUCAUGAGGAUUUCAACGUGCAGUUCUUCGGUGCACAUACUAUCCAAGUCAAGAUCGCUCGUGACUGGGAGUCCUUUCCGCCAGAUAAUGCGCCUCUUCUGCGUGACUUGCUUUUAGAUCUUACAUCGCAUGCCGUCUUGUCGGGGAAAAACAAGGUUAUUCUACGGAAACUGUUCGUCGCUAUCACGUCCUUGGCUCUCAAGCUUGCCGCAGGAACGCCUUCAGGAUGGCCAGACUGGAUAGUCUCGACUGUGAGAUUUCUGUCCGGUCAAGGGGCACCGACAAGCAGUAUCCUCGAAUUCCUUUCUAUCGUUGCGGAGGAGGUGGAAUCGGCUGAUUUGGUGGGACCAAGGAAGAUGCAAAUGAAACAGACGCUUCUCGACGCGUCUCCGCUGGUCGUCCGAGCCGUCACCGGAACGAUCUCUCAACCCCGUUCUCAAAUCGUCGCUCGCGAAAUAGAACCUGCGUUGAAAUGUUUACAAGCAUGGAUGUCGAUCCUUCGUGCGGAUGAUAUCACUCCUGUGAUACCAUUGCUGAUAUUGCUACUCAACCCUUCGACGCCGGAUGCCGAACUAGACCCCGACAUUUUUACGCCGGCUUCAGACACCUUACAAGAAAUCAUGUCCCGCUCUCCUCUGGUUGCUGGAGCAGGAACUGCAACGUUGACAGAACCACUACUCCUCUGGCUCGAUAUAUGGGGAACCCGGAUACUGCAAUCGAGUACUUCAUCUGAACGUUUGGUCGAGGCAUCUCAUUCGUUGUGCAAGCUGAUCACUACGCUCGGUGACCAUUCCAACACCUAUUUUGCCUCUAAUAUGACAUCACAUAAGCUCGUACCUGGCUCCCAGCAGACGAGGUCACAUCUGAUACAGGGCUUCCUCCGGGUGUUGUUGGGUUAUACUGGGUUGCCUGGGUACUACGGUGUUGAUGAGGAAGAGAGUGAGAUGACGCUCGGGUUUUGGUAUCUCUUACAAGAGUCUCUAUGGAGUGUCGACUUCGAUGAGGACGGCAGGGGCGAGGAUGCGUCUUCAUCACCAUUGGCGGUAGAGGAGCAGAAUCGGAUGGCUGUGGUACAUGCUGUUUACGCUGAACUUGUCAAGGUUCUACGGAGGAAAGUUGCGUGGCCUUCUCAAAACGUACUUACAUCCUGGACGAAAGAUCAGGUGGAGAAGUUUCAGGUGUAUCGACGAGAUGUUGGAGAUACGCUUAUAAAUGCAUACUAUAUUCUCCGAAAUGACAUGCUCGCAUAUUACCUGAACGACAUUCAAGAACGUCUCCUGCACUCAGCGGCGCAAAAUGAAUGGGAGGAAAUCGAGGCAACUUUGCACUGCAUUAUGUCGGUCCAGGAAGCGUUGCCGCUAGAAGACAAUCCUUUGGUGUCCCAGUUAUUUGGUUCGGAGGUCUUGGGCCAUUUGCCUAGGGUUGGACAGGACAGGGUCCGACGAACGAUGCUCGGUCUUAUUGGCACAUAUGCAUCAUGGUUCACCACACAAAACAAGGCUGCUAGUCCCGCGUCUAGUCCUUCGCUACUAAUGAACGCCAUUUCGUACGUCGCUGCAGCCCUCCCAGAACCCUCUCUAUGUCUCCCAGCUGCCAACUCCUUGCGUGAUUUGUGUGAUGCCAACCGUGUUGCGCUGGCACCGCACAUUGGUGCAUUUGGCGAAUUACAUGCGGGUUUAACUGGAAUUCCGGAUACGGAGAAGAGUAAGGUAUUGCAGUCCAUUGCCAGUGUUAUCCAAGCACUCCCUCCGGAAGAAGAGAUUCCGCCGAUACUUGCCAUCGUUAACCAAGUGGUUGAGAAGUUGGGACAGGCUCUUGGGUCUUCUUCACAGCUCCCAGAGGAAGCGCGUGCGGUAAUGAUACUUCAGCUCCAGACUCUUACAGGAGUAUCCAAGGGUCUUACGCGGACCACGGACUCGUUACUUGUCCUUGAAGAGUCGUCUCCUGCUGAUCAAGCUGAAGCGGAACGAUUGCAGCGAGCUCGCAAUGAUUAUCGUAUGAUGAAACUCCGAGAAGACAUAUUCAUUGCAAUUAGGAGCACGAUUGAGGUUUGGUCAGGGGAUGCAAGCGUGAGCGAUGCACUCAGUGACCUCAUCCGUUCCGUUACGUCUCUACCAUCGGACACGACAUUGCUGUCCCUGCCAGCUGGUCCGUUGUUGGGAUUGAUAUGUAUAGCAUGUCAACGACACUUGACGGCUGUCUGGUUGUCACUUGCGAAAUCGCUUAUCAUUCAACUCGAUCCUCCACCUCCGAUUGUGGCACCGACCAUCAAGCCAUGUCCGAAUGCGGAAGCUAUUGCAAUUUUGUCUGACGCGCUUCCGGUGAUACUGCAGACGUCAUUGUCUAUGCUGGGUCAACCUGGUGCAUUAGAGUCGAAUCCAGAUAUCGUGCAAGCGUUCUUUGGCUGUUUGGACUCUGUUGCAAAACAUUUCAUCACGAUAUUUUAUAGUUUGCCUCCAGGAGCGUUGGAUGCUCUGAUGCAAUGUGCGGUAAGGUCGCUUUCGAUGCAGGAACGUUACUCCCUUGUGGCUACGUGCAUGUUUCUGGAAGCGCUCGUACGCCGAACUGCAAGUAGUGAUGAGUUAGGAGACACAAGCACAGUGUUGGUCCACCAGUACGGUCAGCCAAUUCUUCGAGCAGUGCUGUCCGGGUUUGCAGGCGUUGCCCCCCGAUCUGCGACUGCCAACCUCAUCGAGCUUCUUUCCACGAUCGCGUCAAAGUACCCAGCUGAGACGAGAGAGUGGAUGAAUGGGAUACUCUUUGCUGAUGACUUUGUCGAGUCGAAAGCCACACCAGAGGCGAAACGGGCAUUUGUGAAGGCUGUGAUAGGAUCGAGGUCACCGAAGAAGACCAGGGAAGCUGCGCAGCAGUUUGCGCUGAUAGCCCGAGGCUUGGAGGGGACUAGUUUCGGGUAUGCGUCAGUGACCAUGUGAAUGAUGCACGGAACGCGACGGGAUCGUGUCCUGUGUGCCUCAGAGUGUCGGCCGUCGAUGUUUUCCCGUAGCGUGUGAAUGUGUCUCCAUAAAUGGGUAGCCUGAUGCGGAGAUAGUAAAACAAUGGCUGUG